AUGGCUUGCACGAAAAACGCAUGUCCAAAGGAGGAAUACAGUUGUGAGGAGGGAGAGAAGGGGUUUGAGAGCGAGGAGGAGGCAGAAGACAGCGAGGAGGAGGCGGACGACGUGCGGAGGGAGAGCGAGGAGGAGGCGGACGACGUGCGGAGGGAGAGCAAGGAGGAGGCGGACGACGUGCGGAGGGAGAGCGAGGAGGAGGCGGACGACGUGCGGAGGGAGAGCGAGGAGGAGGCGGACGACGUGCGGAGGGAGAGCGAGGAGGAGGCGGACGACGUGCGGAGGGAGAGCGAGGAGGAGGCGGAAGACAGCGAGGAGGAGGCGGACGACGUGAGGAGGGAGAGCGAGGAGGAGGCGGAAGACGUGCGGAGGGAGGUGGAGGUGUUGGAAGCGGUGAGAGGGCAUCCCUGCUCGGUGCAGCUGCAGGGGGUGUUUGAAGAUGAGGAGCACGUGCAUCUGGUUAUGGAUUUGUGUCAGGGCGGGGACCUGUGGCAGAGGGUGCAGCAGCGGGGAGCAUACAGUGAAGCAGAGGCAGCAGCAGUGGUGGGGCGGCUGGUGGGGCUGCUGAGGGACCUGCACGCCCUGGGCAUCAUGCACCGGGAUGUGAAGCCGGAGAAUGUGCUUCUAAGGAGGGAGGAUGAUGACGUGGAUGUUGCAGUCAUUGACUAUGGUGUUUCGGUGUUCUUCAAUCCAGGUGAACGUUUUUCUGAGAUCGUAGGCUCGCCAUUCUACAUUGCCCCAGAAGUUCUCCACGAAUCCUACGGUCCAGAAUCCGACAUCUGGGCGGCCGGAGUGAUCCUGUUCGUCCUUUUGUCGGGGGUUCUUCCCUUUUGGGGUGACUCUGACGAGGGGGUGUUUCGGGCGAUUUUGGAGAAGAGUGUGGAGGAGGAGAUGGAGAGGGAGGGCGUGUGGGAGAGUGUGUCAGACGAAGCGAAGGAUCUGGUGAUGCGCAUGCUGUCAAAAGACGCCGCCCUCAGAAUCACGGCAGAUGAAAUUCUAGUGCUUUGCGGGAUUCUCAAGGCGGAGAUUCGCACCCAGAUAUCCACUGCUUCCCCCGUUUCCCCAGCCCCUCAUCCUCCCUCGUCUCCUUCCCCCCUCUCCCCCUGUUCUCUCCCCCUUUUCACGCCCCCUUUCUGUGGCCCCAUAUGUUUCCCCCCUUUUUGUCCCCCCUUUCUCCCCCCAUUCCCCCCUCCCUCCCCCACCCCUUUUUCCCUCUUUUUCCCCCUCCCACUUUCUGACGCAACGCACUACAGCAAGCAGCAGGUGCCACAGCGAUCCUCCAUGAAGCAAAAGGAAGGAGGAGGAGCCAACGAGCUGGAGAACGUUUCUGAAGCCACACACUACAGCAAGCAGCAGGUGCCACAACGAUCCGCUGUGAGGCGAGUGGAAGGGGGAGGAGCAUACGAGCUUGAAAACGUGUGCAUACACGCUCGAUUCAAGGGAGGAGUGACCUUGCACGGGGUAGAGGAUGUGCCGGCCAAUAGCGAUGGUUUACCCCUAUGCAACGAGGCAGGCUGUUUUACCUUCCCAGUCACCUACUCCAGUGACAAGCUGCCACGUGGCAAGAGGGGGCACAGCGGGUGGAUCGAGGACGCUACAGCUGUCAUCAUGCCGCUGACGGCCGGCAAUCCUUGGCAUUUUCUGCACCACGUCAUACCUUUGUCACAUCUCCUCUCCUCGCAGCGCCACGCCCUGCGCAACAGCACAGUGCACCUCUUCCCGUGCCUGGCCAGAGGGGUCGAGGGCAUGUUAGCCCACGCCUCCCACAUACAUGGGAGUGAUGCUACUGGAAUGGGGCAUGGGAGCGAUGCCACACACAUCACUGCCGCUGGAAUCUCUGUGCCGCCCCCUGACUACUACUCCACUCGCCACUUCCCCUGGUGGCCGCUGCUCACUGCUACUGCCCCUCCGGGUGUCACUCUCUACCAGGUGUGUGUUGCUACACGCAUGCCUUUCACGCCCAUUAACCUGCACGCACCACUGCUGCGCACAUCACUGCUCCUGGCAUCUCUGUGCCUCCUUCUGAUUGCUACUCCACUCGCCACUUCCCCUGGUGGCCGCUGCUCACUGCUACUGCCCCUCCGGGUGUCACUCUCUACCAGGUUUUUUGUUUGGCUGUUUUUCCCCUUCAACCUCUUCCUCCUUUUCCAUUCCCUCUACCUUUCCUUCUUUCCUUCAACUCCCUUUCCUCCCCUUCCUUUCCUCGUCUCUUGCCCAUUUCCCUGCUUUCCUGCUCUUUCCCUCAACCCCCUUUUGUCCCUCGUUCCUCCGAUCUUCCCCAUUCUUCACUUGCCGCCUCUUUCCCUCCAUUCCGCUUCCUCCCCUCUUCCCCAUUCCUCUUUUCCCUCCUCUUUCCCCCCUUGUCCUCCCUCCCUCCCCACUCUCUCCCCCACGCUAGGGGACAAAAGACGGCAAGCCCUGGCCCUUGCUGGGAUCACAGAGGACAGAGGCGCCCCCCUCUCCUGCCGGUCACUGCAUCCCUCCACGCCCCUUCCAAUCUUCCAUCCCCCUUUCCAUUCCCCCUUCCAUCCCCCACCCCCCGUUCACUCCAUCAGUGAGUCCAAACCACACGAUCUCCCGCACUCAACGUUGUCCUCCUUGCCGUCCGCCACGUCAGCACCACUCUCCACAUCAGCAUCACUCCUUCCCACCCGCCCUCCUCCUCGCUCUACGCGGCCUUUGAUGGGCAUCAUAGCUCGCGAUAGGAUGCGUCGCCUCUGCCACCUACCAGAUCUGGUAAGAGCAGCAGAGUCGGCAGGGUUUGAGGUGCGAGUGCUGCAGUUUGAAAAGUUCGACGUGUGGCAGCAGAUUCGAGAGGCACACCAGCUAGACGUGCUGGCAGGCAGUCACG